CCCAGACGCACAUGCACAUCAACGUGAUUACUUGGGGAAUCCAUGCAUGCCUGAGUGAACCUAUUCAGAAAUCAGUUAAUCCUUGUUUUCGUCAGAAAUCUAUAAGAGCACGUUGGUCUCCUCUUGGUCAAAUCUGUUAUAUCAGCAUUGAUCACUCAUUCAAUUUCGUCCAACUCUUCAACUAAGCAUCUGUCCAUCAAAAUGGACAAGCCAGAGCUGCACCUCAAGGAGGAUGUUCUUCAAACCGAGAGCAAAACCGAUGAGUUAAGCAACGCCGUUCAACUUGCUCACGACGCCACCGAAGGAAAGUACAAUCCCUUCACGCCGAGUAUGUGGCGUCUGUACGGCUGUCUUUGGGUCGCCUACCUUUGCGGAUGUCUCAAUGGCUAUGACGGAAGUCUUAUGGGAGGCUUGAAUGCGAUGACAACUUAUCAAGACUAUUUUGACGUUGGCGUUUCAAGUCAGCUCACCGGCCUAAUUUUCGCCAUGUACAAUAUCGGCGCUAUUCCUGCGGUCUUCUGCACAGGUCCAGUCAAUGAUCUGUACGGGCGACGAAUGGGUAUGUUCGUUGGAGCUGUAGUUAUCAUAAUUGGUACCUGCGUCCAAGCAACCGCGACCACAACCGACCAGCUUCUGGCAGGAAGAUUCGUCCUAGGCUUCGGCGUAUCCUUUUGCUGUGUAAGCGCUCCGUGCUAUGUCAGCGAGAUGGCACAUCCAGAGUGGCGAGGGACGUUAACUGGCUUUUAUAAUUGUACAUGGUACAUCGGAUCUAUAAUUGCUGGAUGGGUGGUCUUCGCCUGCUCUUAUAUCGAAACAUCCAAUGGCUUCCGCAUUCCCAUCUGGUGUCAAAUGAUCACUUCCGGCUUCGUCGCCAUCGCUGUAUGGUUCCUACCAGAGUCUCCUCGAUGGCUCAUGGCCAACGAUCGAUAUGACGAGGCUAGUGCUGUCCUUGCACGCUAUCACGGGGAGGGGUCCGCAACGCACCCACUGGUCAUGCUACAAUUGAAAGAGAUGCAGAAUCAGAUCGGAACACAGUCUUCAGACAAGAAAUGGUGGGAUUACCGUGAGCUGUUCAAUACCCAUUCUGCCAGGCGACGUCUUAUUUGCGUUCUGGGCAUGGCUACUUUCGGUCAGCUUAGCGGAAACUCGGCUACUGGCUACUAUCUACCCGUUAUGGUGAAAAACGCCGGUAUCGACGACGCACAUACCCAACUCAUUCUUAACGCUAUAUAUCCGAUAAUUUGCUUCAUCGCCGCCGUUACCGGAGCGAGAAUGACGGAUGUAAUUGGCCGUCGACCACUCUUGCUUUACAGCACCGUCUUCUGCUCUAUGAGUUUCCUCGUCAUAUUUGGGACAUCUAAGCUCGCGACCGAGAGCGCCGCCAACCGCGCUGCAGCAAACUGCACGAUUGCAUUCAUCUACGUUUUCGGGAUUGUCUUCUCUUUUGGUUGGACUCCCCUACAAUCAAUGUACAUCGCUGAAACCUUACCCACCGCAACCCGGGCCAAGGGUACAGCUCUGGGCAAUCUUGCUUCUAAUGCUGCUGGUGCCGUUUCUAACUAUGGUAUUGGCCCUGGUCUUCAAGCAAUUGGAUACUGGUUCUAUCUAGUUUUCGUCUUCUGGGAUCUUAUUGAGGUUGUCGUUAUGUAUUUCUUCUUCCCAGAGACCAAGGAGCGCACGCUGGAGGAACUUUCAGAAGUCUUUGAAGCUAAGAAUCCGGUGAAGAAGAGUUUGGAGAAGAGAGGAGCCAAUACAUUGUUGCACACCAUGCGUGUCGAGGAUCCGGCCAAGCUGAUGGAUGCCUGAGAAAACUCUGAAGUUCGCAGGAGGAAUCUUUUCCACACGCUCGCUGAUACAAAAAAUUUCAUUCUAAAAACAACGAAGAGAUUAG